AUGGGAGGACGCCGGAGAAGGGAGCUGACCAGCCCGCGCCGCCGCCGGUUGCCUGCCGGCGGUCCCGGCUCUCCGCUGGCGUCGGUAUAUAUAGCGACGCCGGCGGCGCGGCCAGCGGACCUGAGGUUCAACAAGAUUCGAGAGAUUCCUACUGAUGCUUUCAAGAAUGUCAAGAACUUGAAUACACUGUUACUCAACAACAACCACAUCUGGCGACUGCAGAAUGGCGUGUUUGACGGCCUCAACAAACUGCGCUACCUGUACCUGUACAAGAACAGGCUGAGGGAGAUAGAGCCGCGCGUCUUUCAAGGUCUUCGGAGUCUGGAGCAAUUGUUCCUGCACAACAACAGGAUACAGAAGAUACCAGCUGGCGCAUUCAAGAACUUGGGAGCACUGAAACGACUGUAA